GCUAAUUAGAGAAAACGAAAAUGAACAAAGAGUUCAUCACGCAGGGCGGCACGCCCAUUACCGCCGAAUUGGCCACGGAUCUGCGCAAUUUGGUUUUCGGUACCGCAGCCAUUCCCAUGAGAGCCGAAUGGCUACAGACCUCCUUUGUGUUUGGUGCUCCCAAAGAGGAACUGGCCUAUGGCCUGCGUUCGCCACGGAACGCCACCCGUGGUCUGUUGUCCGUCGUCCAGGGAUUCGUCUUGAAGUAUCUGCUCUUUGCGCGGAAGACUAGUCGCGUGGCUUCGCUUACCGACCCGCUCCUGGCCACCGCCGAUAUGCAGAGGGAGGCCUUGUUCUGUGCCCUCUUGGAGAUCCUGCGCACCAUCUCGGACAAGGGCAAGGUCACCAUGGUGCUGCCAUCGGAGGACGAGGUGUUCGUGGACCACAGCGCCUGCUAUUUCCAUGAUUCCGUCACCGAGAAGCUCUAUGUUUUCACGCUGUCACCCAACGACGAGUUGGAAUACUUUUUGAAGCGAAAUUUCAAAUACUUUACAGAAGAGGAGACCCCAGGCACCCUGCUGUUUCUAUAUAGCGCCGUACUCACGCGAUCCAUGGGAAAAGUUCGUACGGACCUGGACUCCGCCAAAUCCUCGCCCCUGACGUCCAGCAAUCACGAGGAGGGAUCCCUGAUGAUUGUCACCCUGCUGCUGACGGGACGUGCCACGCCCUAUAUACAUAAUGGUGUUGUGAAUGUGGGCGACGAGAGUAGCUAUGCGGUUCCGCAAUACGGCGUCCUUAAACGAUGCAUGAUUGGUCUUCUGCUCUGGGACAUCGAGUCAGCUAGUGCUGCGGUAAAUCAGUCCCGGCAGCCGGGCUCCCGACUGAAGACGCCCAACUAUCCCAUCUGGAUAACCAGCUGCACGGGUCACUUUGGCGUGAUCUUCAACAAGAACCCGGAUCUGUUGCGCAACUACCAUGCGGAGUCGCGUUUCGAUGUGAACUACUACAGCUGCUCCGGUCACCAGAUCCUGAUGACCAUCGACAAUCGCACGUACAACGAGCAGGCAUUGGUCAUGUUGGAGCGGCAACCAAUCACGCCGGAGAGUACCUCGAUGUCCGGAAAGGAGGAUGGCGGUGGCGCAUCGUCGCCAACGACCGUUUCCGGCGGAGGAGGUGCUGCUGCCGGCGGCGGUGUGGGUGGCGCUAGCGGCGGUGUUGGUGGUGCUGCUAGUGGCGCUAGCGGUGGUAACGAUGUGGUCGCCAAGGAGGAGUCGACGCUCAACACGCCGUUGCAGCGUCUGAUUCGUACCAAGUGGGAAGAGGCAACUAUAAGCUUUCACGUGCAGCCAUCGAUGUUGAGUUAUCUUUUUAGUACCACGCAGUAGAAUGCAGGCUCCAAUUUGCUUUAGGAACUCCUUUGCUAAAGUCAGAACGAUUCACAUUCAAGCGCAAGAGAUAUCAUCAAAGUUAUUAGUGGGCUUGCAAAAUAUUCUUUCUUAUCUACGGUUUCAAGUCAGUUGAUUUUAUUUAUUAAUUUUCAAAAGUAGAAAGUCUAUAAGACUGCCUAUAAGAUUGCCAAUUAAAUUUUAAAGUGAAAAAUUAAAUUCAGAUUAGUUAUUAAAGAACUUUUAUUAGCUCAGCUAUUAAAAGUAAAGAAAUGUUUUGAAAAGGGCAUUCGUUUAAUUAUUUAAAUUUGCUACAUAUUAUUGUUUAAUUCAGUCAUUUUAUUGAUCACCAAGCAUGUAAGCUUGUCAUGUUGUCUCUUGGUCUAUGAUAUAAAUCGACUUUCUUGGCGAAUGACCAAUGCUCAAAUGAAUUUAAACUGCUCGACAUAUUCUCUUUUGGAUAUGAACGGUUUUCAUUCGCAAACCAAACAAGUAAGUUCCAAAAACAAGUAGCGAAAAAAAAGAAAGUUAAUAAUG